AUGGAAACCUCCAACCAGACCAAGGUCACCAAGUUCAUCCUGGUGGGCUUCCCAAACCUCCAGCAGUUCCAGAAGCUCCUUUUCCUCCUGCUCCUCGUCGUCUACCUCUUCACCAUCUUCUUCGUCAGCAUCCUGUCCUUCUUGGAGGUCUGGUACAUGGCAACCACCAUCCCCAAGAUGCUCUCCAAUUUGCUCACUGAAAGGAAGAGCAUCUCCUUCAGUGGCUGCCUCCUGCAGACCUAUUUCUUCCAUUCGUUGGGUGCCACCGAGUGCUACCUGCUGGCGGCGAUGGCGUACGACCGGUACCUGGCCAUCUGCAACCCGCUACGGUACCCCUCCAUCAUGACCAGCAGGAUGUGUGCCCAGCUGGCUGCCGGCUGCUGGAUCUGUGGCUUCAUGUGUCCCAUCACCGAAGUGAUCUUAGUGUCCAAGCUGCCUUUCUGUGGCCCCAACCAAAUCGAACAUCUCUUCUGCGACUUCCCACCACUGCUCAGCCUGGCCUGCACUGAGACCUCCGUCAACAUCUUGGACUUCGUCAUCAACACCUUCAUCAUCCUGGUGACCUUCCUGCUCAUCACGAGCUCCUACGUGAAGAUCAUCCAGUCCAUCCUGAGAAUCCGCACCACCGAAGGCCGCAAGAAGGCCUUCUCCACCUGUGCGUCCCACCUGGUUGUGGUCUUGCUCUUUUUCGGGUGCAUCGUCUUCAUGUACGUGUGGCUGAAGAAGAGCUACUCCUUGAAUUAUGAUCGGGCUUUCACUGUGAUCUAUUCAGUCUUCACCCCGUUGGCCAACCCAGUCAUCUAUAGCUUGCGGAAGAAAGAAAUCCUGAAAGCUAUAAAGAGGAGAAUCCAGGUGAAGAGCGACGUUAACUAG